AUGGCAGCAUCGGAACCAGUAGUACCACCCGUAAUAAAACCAAAGGCGGUGAAGAGAAAGUUAGUGUUGAAAGGAGACCAGAAGGGGGUACGAUCGAAACCUCAAAGAGUGUCGCAAAGAUGCUUGGGCAAGUGGGAGGCUAGUAAGGCGAAGCCUAACACAGAGGCAGAUCCGGUGGAGAUCCUGAGCGAAGAGGAAAGGGCGACUCCCACAAAACCUGGGGAGAAGUCUUUACCCACUACUGACAUAAAGGAUACUGCAGUGGAGGCAGGAGAAGUCUCUCCGACACCAAGUGGCCAAGUAGGCCAUGAGGAGCAAGAAACCAACGAUAUCCGUACUAGCGGAGAGACCAAUCCUACUGCCCAGGAUAAAUCUUCACAACAAGCUGAAAAGGAACCCGAAGCAGAGGAAGAAGAGGAUGAUGGACAGGAAGCCAGGUAUCAAGCCGAGAGAAAGCGAAAAGGGAAGGCCCUUUUGCAAAGGAAACCCAGCGGAAUGAAACGACGCGCGGUGAACAUAGGAGUGGUACUUACUGAACCCGCUCAAGGAACCCCACCAAGCCACCGGGAGCAGAGUGAUAGCGAGUAUGCUGUCAGCGAAGAAUCAGAAUCGGACAGCGAUACAUCCAUGGAGGAUGAGGAGUACAAUGAGCAACAACUCCCAGACGAUCAUCGGGAGCUUUUGCAUCCUCCUGCGGGAGAGACUCCGAUACAAGCGAUGGACGGUAAAGCUCACUGA